UAAAUAUGAAUUCGUUAUAACAAUAAGCUGAUAUAUAUGGCAUUUUUGAAAAUCCCGCUCGCAGCAUGAAAGAUCUGCGACGCAUGCGCUGUAAGUUUCGUGGAUCAUCAUUAUUUUUUACGCACACACGCACUUCUUUCUACAUAUGAGUCAACAAACUAUCGUCUUCGGAUCCUUUGUCGCAUCAAAACAAAGUCGACUGCGAGCAUCAAAUUCGCCCAGUCUCGUCUGAUUCAGCUAUACUUUUCAUUGUUUUAAUGGAGGAAUCUAAAUCGCUUUUGAAAAAAUCUCUUGAUUUUGUGCAAGGCUGCUGUAGCCCGAAACACGAAAUGACAACAGCAAACGAUCGCAAGGUAAUCUGCUACUAUGGCAGCUGGUCGGUGUACCGACCAGGUCUCGGAAAGUUCGACAUCUCGCACAUCGACGCGAGCCUCUGUACCCACUUGAUUUACGCCUUUGCCGGUCUCGGCGAAUCCGGCGAAGUCAAGAUACUCGAUCCUUGGAACGAUCUUCCCGACGGCGGUGGUAAGGACGGAUACCGCAAAUUCAACGCCCUGCGCAAGGAUAAUCCCGAAUUGAAGACUAUGAUCGGCAUGGGCGGAUGGAACGAGGGCUCGAGCAAGUACUCCAGCCUCGCGACCAACGAGACCAUGAGGGAGAAGUUUGCCGAUAACGUGGUGGAGUUUUUAAAGAAGUACGGCUUCAACGGCUUCGACCUGGACUGGGAAUACCCCUGUCAACGGGGCGGUUCGCCCUGCGACAAGGAGAACUUCGUCCAGCUGCUAAAAACUCUGCGCAAACGAUUCGACCGCGAGUCGGAGCAGCUGGUGCUCAGCGCCGCUGUAGCUUCCGCCGAGAUGUCGGCGAGCAAGUCCUACGAUAUCCGAGCGGUUUGCGAGAGCUUGGACUUUGUCAACGUCAUGUGCUACGAUCUACACGGCAGCUGGGACAAGAAGACCGGCGUCAACGCGCCGCUUUAUCCGGGCACUUGGGAGACUGAUUACGAGAAAAAGCUCAAUGUCGACUCGUGCAUUCAGUUCUGGCUGUCUCAAGGAGCACCGGCGGAAAAACUCGUACUGGGUGUUCCCUUCUACGGACGAGGUUUCACCCUAGCCAACGCCUCGCAAUCCAGUGGAAUAGGCGCACCGGCUUACUCUGGCUCGGAACCAGGUCCCUAUACUCGAGAAGCCGGUAUGCUGGGCUACAACGAGAUCCUCGAGGACAUCGCCAAGGGCUGGCAGGUGCAUUUCCAGGAGGAGCAGAAGGUGCCCUACGCUGUCCACGGAAACCAGUGGGUCGGAUACGACGACGAGAGAUCGUUGAAGGAUAAGACCGACUAUAUAAAGAAGCACGGACUGGGCGGCGCGAUGGCCUGGAGCAUUGAGACUGAUGAUUUUUUGGGAACUGCUGGAAAGAAAUAUCCUCUGCUGAAUGUUCUUCACCGAGAGCUUCGCGGAGAUGGUGCCACUUACUAUACAGAUUAUAAUUAAUGAUUAAUGAAACUUGUUGAGUAAGGCUUUGGGAUUAUUAAGAAUAAAACGUUUUAUAUGAGACCAUGA